UUCAACUCUCUCUCUCUCCACAUUCAUUUUGAUUCGUCCGCUCGUGGCCGCAGGCCGCCAAUUGAAUCUACUACUAGUACUUCUACUCCUGCAGCAAGAAGAGUAAAAGCAGAGACAAUAUUAACAAAGCCCACCUCCUCUUCUUCGGUUCUUCCUCCUCUUCCCUUCCUCUCAACUACCCAUUAACCAUUUUCAAUCAAUCUAUCCUCCCCUGAACCACACACCACACACUACUGUGUUUUUCUUGAUUUUCGAGCUCCGCACUAGACACUUUUCCUUUAUUUUUACUGCUAAAGUUUCCUGCUUUCUACUUUUUGAGCAAAAACCCAUCUCGAAAAUAAGCUUUUUGUUGAAUCUUGGUACGGGAUUUUGUUAAAAAAAAAAUAUGGGGAGCAAAUGGAGAAAAGUGAAGCUGGCUCUUGGGAUGAAUCUUUGUGUUUAUAGUCCAAGAACUGGGAAUGAUGAUGACUCUUCUCCAACGUCCGAGAUACUUUCCAACGCAGCACUGCUCUCUCCGUCCACCGAUGGUAGCCUCCACAAUACUUCUCCUUCUCCUUCUCCUACUUCAGGGUCUCAGGGCCAUGGGUUCAGGUUGUCCAAGAGCUUGAGCAGGUCUUCUAAGAAGACGUGCUCGAUAUGUUUAGCCUCAAUGAACCGUGGAGAUGGUCAUGCGAUAUUCACUGCCGAAUGUUCACAUUCUUUUCACUUCCAGUGUAUUGCUUCCAAUGUAAAACAUGGAAACCAAAUUUGCCCAGUUUGUAGAGCAAAGUGGAACGAGAUUCCCCUGCAGUAUCCAAAUUUGGAUCCUCCCCCUGGAAGGGCUAGAGUUAAUCCUGUCGAUUGGCCCCAACAUAAUGCUCUAAUGACUGUAGUGCGCAGACUCCCUCCACCUCGUCCUAAUCCUAAUCGAAUCAAUGCACCUCCAUGUCAGACUCCUGAGCCUGCUAUCUUCAAUGAUGAUGAAUCUUUGGGUCAUCAGUCUGACUCUAGUGAGAGAAGCUCUUCAGGCAAGAAUGUUGCAGAAAAUGAUGGCCAAAGAACAAUGAAAAUCAAAACAUACACAGAAGUUCCAGCUGUCCUCCGGUUCAAUGCUGCUGAUAACUUCACGAUCUUAAUUAAUCUCAAAGCUCCAGCUCCAAAUUCCAGUGUGAACAUGAGUAGAAACCAGGCAAAUUCACCCCAAGUUUCCCAAACAUCUCGUGCACCUGUUGACCUUGUCACGGUUCUAGAUGUCAGUGGCAGCAUGGCAGGUACCAAGCUUGCAUUGCUCAAGCGAGCUAUGGGGUUUGUGAUACAGAACCUUGGUCCCAAUGACAGGCUUGCAGUAAUUGCCUUCUCAUCAACCGCCCGCCGGUUGUUUCCCCUUCGUAGGAUGUCUGAAACAGGACGGCAGCAAGCACUGCAAGCUGUUAACUCUUUAGUUGCAAAUGGAGGGACAAACAUUGCUGAAGGCUUGCGCAAGGGUGCCAAGGUAAUGGAAGAUCGUAGAGAAAAGAACCCUGUUGCCAGUAUUAUAUUGCUAUCUGAUGGGCAAGAUACAUAUACAGUUAGUAACAUGGGGAGCAGUCAACAGCAACCAAAUUACCAACUUCUUCUUCCAUUGUCUAUCCACAAUGAAAGUAGUUCUAAUUUUAAGAUUCCAGUGCAUGCUUUUGGGUUCGGGGCAGACCAUGAUGCUUCAUCAAUGCACUCAAUCUCAGAGAUGUCUGGAGGAACCUUCUCUUUCAUUGAAACAGAAGGUGUAAUCCAGGAUGCAUUUGCUCAGUGCAUUGGUGGACUUUUGAGUGUUGUGGUCAAGGACCUGCAGGUGAAUAUUGAGUGUGUUGAUCCAAGAGUCAGUCUUGGUUCUUUAAAAGCUGGAAGCUACCGCAAUCGCGUGAUGUCGGAUGGACGCAUGGGAACUAUUGAUGUUGGCGACCUGUAUGCUGAUGAGGAACGAGACUUUCUAGUUUCAGUUAAUGUCCCAACAGAAAUUUCAAGCACUGAAACUGCAUUGAUAAGGGUGAAAUGUGUUUACAAUGAUCCUUUGACAAAAGGCUCGGUGACUGUUGGAAGUGAUGAAGUUAGGAUUAGAAGACCUGAUGAAGCUGGACAACAAAGUGCAUCAGUUGAAGUGGAUAGGCAACAGAACAGGCUGCGUGCGGCUGAGGCGAUGCUCCUAGCGCGAACUACGGCUGAGAAAGGAGACCUGUCUGGUGCAGCAUCUAUUCUUGAAAACUGUCGCAAGGUGUUGUCAGAAACUGUUUCGGCCAAGUCUCAUGAUCGGCUAUGCAUUGCACUUGAUGCUGAGCUUAAAGAAAUGCAAGAGAGACUGGCAAGCAGACAUGUGUAUGAAGCAUCAGGAAGGGCAUAUAUUCUUUCAGGACUAAGCUCACACUCAUGGCAGAGAGCAACAGCACGAGGUGACUCGACGGAUGGUUCAAGCCUGGUUCAGGCCUAUCAAACCCCGUCAAUGACCGAGAUGCUGAAUCGGUCUCAGGCUACCCUACUAGGUAGUCCUUCAGCUCAGAGGCUCAUUCGACCUGUUUUAUCAUUUGCAUCACAUCCAAAGCCAAGGUGACCUUGCGACACCAAGAUAUGGAGUUUUCUCAAAGAUAACUGUUUUUCAUUGGUCUCCUUGAUGCUAUAGCUGUGCUUAUUUGUGUUUUGGGCCGGGGAAAAGUUAAUAGGUAAGAAACAGUUUUGGGUGUCAUUAUCUUCCUGUCUCAAUUAUGUAAAGCAAUAAACAUUGGUGAAGCGUGGAAAGUAUAAUGGGGUCAAGGUAAGGGGUAAACGGAGUAGGAUAAUCCAACUUUUGCUUUUUGUUGUUUCUUUUUCACCUUGUGGGUAUCAUUGGGGGUGGUGUACAUAAGGAAAGAUGGAUUUUCAUCUGAGAGAGAAGCCGGUAUAAGUUUGUAAUUGUGGAAAUAUUUUGUGAACUGCGCAGCUAUUACAUAAGAAUGUGAUUCUUUCACGGAGUUUUAAUAAUCA